AAACGUUGGAAACUAGAAGGGUUCGGUGAGCAGGAGGAGGAGAUCGAGAGAGAAUGAGGGAGAUAUUGCACAUCCAAGGGGGCCAAUGCGGGAACCAGAUCGGGUCCAAGUUCUGGGAGGUGGUGUGCGACGAGCACGGCAUCGACCCUAGCGGGCGGUACACGGGCAACUCCCCGCUGCAGCUGGAGCGGGUGAACGUGUACUACAACGAGGCCAGCUGCGGGCGCUACGUCCCCCGCGCGGUCCUCAUGGACCUCGAGCCCGGCACCAUGGACAGCGUCCGCACUGGCCCAUACGGCAAGAUCUUCCGCCCCGACAACUUCGUCUUCGGCCAGUCCGGCGCCGGCAACAACUGGGCCAAGGGCCACUACACCGAGGGCGCCGAGCUCGUCGACUCCGUCCUUGAUGUCGUCCGCAAGGAAGCCGAGAACUGCGACUGCCUCCAAGGCUUCCAGGUGUGCCAUUCGCUGGGUGGUGGCACUGGAUCCGGAAUGGGUACUCUGGUUAUCUCCAAGAUCAGGGAAGAGUACCCGGACCGCAUGAUGCUCACAUUCUCGGUGUUCCCCUCCCCCAAGGUCUCCGACACCGUCGUCGAGCCCUACAACGCCACCCUCUCCGUCCACCAGCUCGUCGAGAACGCCGACGAAUGCAUGGUCCUCGACAACGAAGCCCUCUACGACAUUUGUUUCCGCACCCUCAAGCUCACCACUCCUAGCUUUGGGGACCUGAACCAUUUGAUCUCGGCCACCAUGAGUGGAGUCACCUGCUGCCUUCGCUUCCCCGGCCAGCUCAACUCCGACCUCCGCAAGCUUGCCGUGAACCUGAUUCCCUUCCCCCGCCUCCACUUCUUCAUGGUGGGCUUCGCCCCUCUGACAUCCCGUGGCUCGCAGCAGUACCGGGCGCUGACCGUCCCCGAGCUCACCCAGCAGAUGUGGGACGCCAAGAACAUGAUGUGCGCCGCCGACCCCCGCCACGGCCGCUACCUCACCGCCUCCGCCAUGUUCCGGGGGAGGAUGAGCACCAAGGAGGUGGACGAGCAGAUGAUCAACGUGCAGAACAAGAACUCCUCCUACUUCGUCGAGUGGAUCCCCAACAAUGUGAAGUCCAGCGUGUGCGACAUCCCCCCCAAGGGACUGUUGAUGGCGUCCACGUUCAUCGGGAACUCGACAUCGAUCCAGGAGAUGUUCCGGCGGGUGAGCGAGCAGUUCACGGCCAUGUUCAGGAGGAAGGCCUUCUUGCAUUGGUAUACAGGGGAGGGAAUGGAUGAGAUGGAAUUCACUGAGGCAGAGAGCAACAUGAAUGAUUUGGUCUCCGAGUACCAGCAGUAUCAGGAUGCCACUGCCGAAGAGGAGGCUGACUAUGAGGAUGAGGAAGAAGUGGAGCAUGAAAACUGAAGAACAGAUAGAAGGGUGGCCAUAUAUACAUAUUGUUUAUGCUCUUAUAAUUCUACUUUCUAUGUGAUGGUAUUCCUUCCUAUUUCCGUCAGUGUCCAUCGUAUGUCUGUUAGCCUGAUGAGUGUACUUUAAGCUGCUUGCUUUCUUCCCCUGUAUUGCUUCUACUAGUUAUUUAUGUUAGUCCAGAUAGUCGAGGUGUUCCUUGAGUGGAAAUCCUUGUUACCAUCUCCCCUUUGAUGAGUAAUGAAGCUGGUG